CAACGCAGCACCCCACCAACAGUACCAAGAGAAUUUUAGUGCCAGAAUGUCCGAGUCCAAUUCUUCUUCCUUCCCCUCUGGCAUUCCCGAUCCUCCCAUCUUCUUGAAACUCGGUCCCAAAGACAGAAGCCACCUUCGAAAGAACAUCGAAUCCCUCCACGCCGCAAAAAUGACUACCGAGCAGACCUUCAUUGCUAUCAAGCCCGAUGGCGUCCAGCGUGGCCUCGUUGGCCCCAUCAUCUCCCGCUUCGAGAACCGCGGCUUCAAGCUCGCUGCCAUCAAGCUCGUCACUCCCGGCAAGGAGCACCUCGAGAAGCACUACGAGGACUUGGCUGGCAAGCCCUUCUUCCCCGGUCUGAUCGCCUACAUGUCCUCCGGCCCCAUCUGCGCCAUGGUCUGGGAGGGCCGUGACGCCGUCAAGACCGGCCGUGUCCUCCUCGGCGCCACCAACCCUGCUGCCUCCGCCCCCGGCACCAUCCGUGGUGACUUCGCUAUUGACGUUGGUCGCAACGUCUGCCACGGUUCCGACUCCGUCGAGAACGCCAAGAAGGAGAUUGCUCUGUGGUUCAAGGACGGCGAGGUCCAGGAGUGGAAGCAGGCUGGCUUCGACUGGAUCUACGAGAAGGCCUAAGUGCCUUCUUGAUUGAUUGAAAGGCUUGAAUGUUGUAUCGAGUACGCUUAGUAGGAUCGUUGCUGGGUAGAUUGAGCAUGUUAGUAAUGCUGCGGUGUGAUGCUGCAGUACGGACGCAUCGUCUUUCAGAUAAGUCUAUCAGGUAACGGUCUGGAAAGGUGCAUGAAGCAGCACAACAGCUAUGACGAUACGAUCUAGAUGGACAAAAUAGAACCACAAAACGAGACACGAU